AAUAAUUAACAUUAAUUUAUUAUUCAUAUUUAAGAGUUCCUUUUAUAAAAUAGACAAUACUAUAAUAUCGUUAUUAGUAUAAAUGCUAUAGUUUUCAGAUAUCGAAAACAAUAAUGGAUGUAAGAAUUUUAAGAACGAUAUUGCAUAGCUGUGAGGAUGCAGAGAAGAGUAUUGAAAACACGGAAGAAUAUAAAGAUUUUCUCAGUAUAGAUGCAUUUGUACCAAGAUCCGACAUUGUCUUACGUGCCUUAUCUACAUCAUUUUCUAAUCUUUUGUGCUACAAAGUAUCCAAAGAAGCUUAUCAAAGAUAUUCUGUUCGUCUUCACGUUAUUGAUACAUUGCGCGAAUUAUUACGCAUAACUGAGAGAUUUCAAUCUCUGCACAUAUUUCGAGACGGAGAAACUACGUCAAAAUUUGUUGAAAAUUUAAUGGAAAAAUAUCUACCGGAUGUUUUAGACGAAUGCAUAUCUAUUUACACAUUGACAUCAUUAACAGGAGCAUUAAUGUGUCUUGCUAAAUAUAAUACUCGUUUUGUGUAUUAUAUAGAAAAGAUAAUUGCUAAACUUUCUUACUUGGAAUCUACUAACGAAAGUGAAAAAUUAUUAUGUUAUGCUUUACAACAGAGCGCACAACUUGGACUUAGUUUAUUCACGAAAGAAAGAAUAUAUUAUUCACAGAGAUAUAAACUAAUAGAAGAAGUGUUAAUUGAAAAUUUUACGUCCACUUGUUUAAAUAUUAAUACAGAAGCUGAUAAAGAUUGCCAAGAGAUUAAAAAUUCGAUAAACGAAUUACUCGAAUUCGCAGCUUUAUCACCAUUCAUAUUUCAAUUAAUAUGCAGUUUUUUGAAAGAAUUGUUUGUACAUUUAGAAUACGCACCUACAGUUUUAACAUUUAUACAAGCGACAUUGAAGCAUAUCCUCGCUCAUUGUCAAAAUAAGGACAAAGAUAUAUUAGAUCUUUAUCCCAAGUAUUUGCAUUCGUGUAUCAUUUUAUUAAGAAUAGAACCCCAUUAUCAUACGUCUAAUUCGAAAGCUUAUAUAUUGAAAAAAACAACAGAAUUUUAUGAAUCUAAUAAAGACGAUAUUUUGAUUUUACUCUCGCACUUUCCCGAAUGGCUUCCGUUGAUCUCAAAUUAUCUAACUAAUCAAUUUAUUUGCAUAAAUAAUUAACGAUUAUAAUAAUAUAUGUGUAUAUAGACUGAAAUAUUUUUUAAAUAUAUUAUUUUAUCUAUCAAUCUCAUAGAAUAUAAUUUUAUUUCGACCAAUAUCUCGGUUUCAAAAGUUUUUCCGACAAUUCUAACAAAACUCAAAAAUAUUUAUACGCGAAAAAAAAAGAUAAUAUAAAUAUUAAUUUAUUUAUAUAUAUAUAAUUUAGAACAGGGCUUCUCGAAUUUGUUCUAUUUCACUACUAUAAACUCAUAGACAUACUAUUUAAAUUAUUUUUCGGUCAUUACGUGUUCAGGAAUUUUUUAUAUUUGUUAAAGUUUCUGUGAUCCCAUAUGAGAUUAUCAGGGUUUAUUUUUUUGAGAAGCCCUACUUUAGAAUAUAAAAAAAGGAAUAUUAUGUCUCAUAAAUUUAAAAUAUAUCAUAUAUACAUACGUACUAUAUAUUCUUCCACGCCGAAUUUAUAUGUUGUCAUCAGUCUUCUGAUUAGAAAGGUUGACAUA